GUCCUCUUUCUUUUAUUUGUUGACAUUAUUUGCAGAAACAAAUGUAGCUUACUCUGUGCUAUAUUCACAACUUUUGCAUGCUAAUGUUGUUAAUGUUAUCUGGCGAAACGUUUAAUUUUGUAGCAAAAAGUGACUACAACUAACUUUCAGCUAACGUAACUACUUUAACGUUAGUUAGCUAGUUAGCUAACGGUUGUUACAAGUAUACUAAUUAAUGUUUUAUUUCACCAUGAUACGCUGUCGUAGUGAACCUGCUGCCUGGUUGCUCCAGCCAGCCCAGUAACAGUGAGGUCGGAUAUGGAGGGUUGCUGAGCCCUGCUCUCUACCGUGGUCCGUCAGCCAGUCCAGCCGGACAGGACUCCGGUCAGGAGACGCAUAGUUAGGACGACAGGAUGAGCUCCGCGGCCCCUCCGGCCAAGAGGAAAUGUUACAUGGGACGACAUCAGAUCAUCAAGAAAAACAGUGUCCCCGACCCUGAGCAGCCACUCACCCCAAGACGCUCCAGUCGCCUGCAAAACACUCAUACACACACGUUGCGUGACAACACACACACGUUGCGUGACAACACACACACGCUGCGUGACAACACACACACGCUGCGUGACAACACACACACGCUGCGUGACAACACACACACGCUGCGUGACAACACACACACGCUGCGUGACAACACACACACUGCCCAGAAUGUGGCUGCAGGACAGGUGUGUGUGGUAGGAGACUCCUCUUUAGACCCCGGAGAGGAGAUGCUGCAGGUGCUGGAAGCUCUGGAUCCUGGAGGGAUGAAAUUAACACAUGGGGUAGAGAUGGGGGUAUCUUUAAUCCAGAGAGGGGUAUCCCACGUCUCUGCAGCUCCAGCCCAGACCUCCCACAGCCUGACACCAGGAUCAGAGGUCGGGGCUAGGGGUGGACUUGGACCAGGUGUGUGUGAACAUCCAGGGCUGGUUCAGACAGCGCACCGUAAGAACCUGGCUCAGUGCCUGCUGUUCAGUGAAGACUCGGAGGACAGAGAGCAUGCUGGGACACUUCCACACAGACCUACGGACGCCUCACCCCCCCAGAAGAACUGCAGCUCCAGAGGUAGGAAGCGCAGGGCCAGGGGGAGGAGCUCUGAGACCACACCCACAGGAAAUGGUUCCUGCCAGAAUGCUGACUCCCCAUUGGACGUGUCUGAUGACUUCAUCCUGUUCAGCCCCUCCCACCUGGCACGGGCGAGGGAGAGAGGGGUGCUACAGCGCUCUCUGAGGAACAACAUGUCAGCCUCUGUUCUCACGCCCCCUACUGGGCUGGAGGCCAGCACACUCAACACUACAGGGGUUGGUCUGUCAGCGGUGUGUGUGCGUCCAGACGAGCAGUGUGACAGGUUGUUGUUGUCCAGCUGGGGGCUACCUGCUGGCGUCCUUGAGCGUUACCGUCGUCAUGGUGUCUCCUCCAUGUUCCCCUGGCAGGCUCAGUGUCUCAGUCUGGGACGCGUGCUGCAAGGUCACAACCUGGUCUACUCAGCCCCAACCAGUGCAGGGAAGACCCUGGUGGCAGAGCUGUUAAUGCUGAAGAGAGUUCUGGAGACCAGGAGGAAGGCUCUGUUUAUUCUGCCCUUCGUAUCCCUGGCCAAGGAGAAGAUGACCUACCUACAGAGUGUGUUCUCCGAGGCGGGGGUGUGUGUGGAGGGCUACAUGGGAGGCCGGGCUGCUCCUGGAGGUUUCAGUAGUCUGGACGUAGCAGUGUGUACUAUAGAGAAGGCCAACUCCCUCCUCAACAGACUCAUAGAGGAGGACUCCAUGGACCUACUGGGUGUGGUAGUUGUGGAUGAGCUUCACAUGGUAGGAGACUCCGGUAGAGGAUACCUGCUGGAACUACUGCUCACCAAGAUACGAUACAUCGCCCUCAAACACAACACCAACAACGGCUCCUUAUCAGAAGGUAUCCAAAUCGUGGGUAUGAGUGCCACCCUCCCAAACCUGUCCCUGCUGGCUGGGUGGCUGAAUGCGGAGCUUUACCAGACUGACUACAGACCCGUCCCCCUGAAGCAGAGGCUCAAAGUGGGGAGCAGCAUCUACGACUCCAGCCUCUCUCUGGUCCGAACCUUCAAGCCCCUGAUCGCUGUCAAGGGAGAUGAGGACCACAUACUGUCUCUAUGUUAUGAGACAGUGAGUGAGGGUCACUCUGUCCUCCUGUUCUGUCCUUCCAAGAGCUGGUGUGAGAAACUGUCUGACAGCAUUGCUAGAGCGUUCUACAACCUCACACACACAGGUGAUCAGAAUGGCUCAGCGCUCCAGGCUGUGGCAUUGGACCAAGGGGGAGUGGUGGAUGUGUUGGCCCAGCUCAGACGCACCCCAGCUGGGUUAGACCCGGUCCUGCAACGCACCGUGCCCUGGGGGGUGGCCUUCCACCACGCUGGUUUGACGUUUGAUGAGCGAGACGUGUUGGAGGGAGCGUUCCGAGGGGGCGUGGUCAGAGUGUUGGCGGCGACCUCAACCUUGUCAUCAGGGGUCAACCUGCCUGCACGCAGGGUUAUCAUACGAACUCCGACCUUUAAUGGCCGUCUGCUCGACCCACUGACCUACAGACAGAUGUCCGGACGCGCCGGGAGGAUGGGAGUCGACACGGAGGGGGAGAGUGUGUUGGUGUGUAAGGAGGCGGAGCGUCAGAAGGGUGUGUGUCUUCUCCAGGGCUCUCUGCAGCCAAUCAGCAGCUGCCUGGUGAAGAGGGAGGGGGAGGGCCUAACCACCAGCAUGCUCCGAGCCAUCCUGGAGAUCAUCGUUGGGGGCGUGGCCAGCUCUCCUCAGGAUGUGAGGCUUUAUGCUUCCUGUACGUUGCUGGCUGCUGGCGCCCGCUAUGACACCACACCUACACCAGAGGGCGCCGUGACGGCGGGAGGAGGAGAGACGGGAGGAGGAGUGCAGGAGGGCGCGAUAGAAGCAUGUGUGGAAUGGUUGAUUGAGAAUGAGUUCAUAUCUAUCCAAAGAGAGGGUAAUGAGAUGGGGAGAGGGGGAGAGGGGGAUGAGAGAGGGGGGGCAGGAGGACAAGAGAGGUACUGCCCCACCCACCUUGGUUCUGCCACCCUCUCCUCCUCUCUCUCUCCUGCCGAGGCACUGGGCAUCUUCUCAGAUCUACAGAGAGCCAUGAAGAGCUUCGUAUUGGACAACGACCUACACACACUCUACCAGAUAACCCCCGUGUAUGCUGAGUGGACCACAAUAGACUGGUACCAGUUCUGGUGUCUGUGGGAGGGGCUUGGCUCAUCCAAUAAGAGAGUAGCAGAGCUGGUGGGUGUUCAGGAGAGCUUCUUGGCUCGGUCUGUUAGCGGGAAACUGAUCGCCAAGACAGACAGACAGAGACGACAGAUGGCCAUACACAAACGGUUCUUCACUACUCUGGUCCUUCAGGACUUGGUCAAUGAGGUUCCUCUGGGUACCGUGGCAACCAAGUACAACUGUAGCCGUGGACAGCUACAGUCUCUUCAGCAGUCUGCCUCCACGUAUGCAGGCAUGGUAACGGUGUUCUGCCGGCGGCUGGGAUGGCACAGCUUGGAGCUACUCCUGUCUCAGUACCAGACCAGGCUGAGCUUUGGGGUCCAGAGGGAACUGGUCGACCUGGUCAGGGUCUCACUGCUGAGCGCAACAAGGGCACGAACACUCUACGACCAGGGCCUCGCUACGGUGGCCCAGCUGGCCAGGGCAAAGGUCAAUGAGGUGGAGAAGGCCCUACGCAAGGCUGUCCCCUUUAAGAGUUCUCGUCGUGCGAUGGAUGAGACCGAGGGGGAAGCAGCCGAAAGGCGGAGCUUACGGUGUGUCUGGGUCAGUGGGGGGCGGGCUCUAACAGAACACGAGGCAGCCAUUGCAAUCGUGUCUGAGGCCAGGCUCCUCCUCCAGCAAGACCUCGCCCUAUUGGGGGUGACCUGGGACCCAGGGACACUGCCCACGGAAACACGCCCUAACAACGACCAUGACAACGACUCACCUGAGACACAGCGGGACCGGUCCAAAUCCUGGAGAGAUAGAGAGAGGAGGUUAAACGAGAAGAAAGAGAGGGAAGACGGAGGGAAAGAGGGAAGGAGAGAGGGAGAGAGAAACGUGGUUGAACAGAAAGAGGUAGAGGGGAGAGAGAAGAGUGAGGUAGAGAGGAAAGCAGUAGAGCAGAGAGGGAGAGAGAAGAGUGAGGUAGAGCAGAGAGGGAGAGAGAAGAGUGAGGUAGAGCAGAGAGGGAGAGAGAAGAGUGAGGUAGAGAGGAAAGCAGUAGAGCAGAGAGGGAGAGAGAAGAGUGAGGUAGAGAGGAAAGCGGUAGAGCAGAGAGGGAGAGAGAAGAGUGAGGUAGAGAGGAAAGCGGUAGAGCAGAGGGAGAGAGAGAAGAGUGAGGUAGAGAGGAAAGCGGUAGAGCAGAGAGGGAGAGAGAAGAGUGAGGUAGAGCAGAGAGGGAGAGAGAAGAGUGAGGUAGAGAGGAAAGCGGUAGAGCAGAGAGGGAGAGAGAAGAGCGAGGUAGAGAGGAAAAGGGUAGAACAGAUGAACAAGGGUGAGCAGAGAGAGAGGGAAGAGAGAGGAGUGGAGGAAGGUGAGAGAGAGGCGAGAGGAGGGGUGAAGGUGGGAGAGAGGGAAGAGGGAGGAAGCGAGGAAGACCCUAACCUUCCUGUCUGUGAUGGGAGAGGUAUAAACACCCAGGACUUAGCUGAACUAGUCAGUAGCCCUCAUCCCCCUCUCAAUCCCUCCAUCCACCCCUUCCACUCUCCCCCUCCACGUUUCAGAGCCCCCACCUCCCGAGUGGAGGAACCUCGGGCCAGUGUUUCUGGGGGGACAGUAAAGAGGGACGGACUGGGCGUGGCAGGGAGAUCUCCUGCACAGGCAUGUAGAGGACAGCCGUCCACAGCUCUGAGGAAAGUACUGCGCUCUAUACACUCAAAGAGGAGAGAGAGGGAGGAGGAGGAGAGAGAGGAGGAGAGGGUGGAGAGAGAGGAGGAGGAGAAGAGGGAGGAGGAGAAGAGGGAGGAGGAGGAGAGGGGAGAGAGAGAGAAGAGGUUAGAGGGGGAGGAGAAGAGCGUAGAGAAAAGAGAGAGUGAGGAGAGGAGGAGAGGAACAUCGUUUAAACUUCCUCCUGAAACCCUACCAGUCCCUGCCCCGAUCUCGGUUUCAACCCCAAAGUCAGCACCCCUCCUCCAGAGCAAGACACCACCAGAGGUCCCUGUACCCCCUCCUCCCUGCCUCCUCUCCCCUGUCCCUCCUCCCCUCUUCCUCUCCUCUGCCCAAGCCCCAGCUCUUUCUCUCUCUUUUGUAGUCAAACGCCGGAGGGUGGAAGAGGAGGAUCAGUGUGGGUCUCCAGAACUCUAUGAGGAGGAGGGAAGGUUUGGGGAUAGUUUAGAGUUGGACACUCAGACUGAGAGAAUGAUUCUACUACAAGACCAGAGAGAGGAGGAGAGGGAGAGAGAGGCUUCUAACUCACAGCAUGAGAGAGGGAGGAGGGAGAAGGGUGGAGAGGAGGAGAGAGGGAGGAGGGAGAAGGGUGGAGAGGAGGAGAGAGGGAGGAGGGAGAAGGGUGGAGAGGAGAAGAGAGGGAGGAGGGAGAAGGGUGGAGAGGAGGAGAGAGGGAGGAGGGAGAAGGGUGGAGAGGAGGAGAGAGGGGAGAUAGGGAGGAGGGAGAAGGGUGGAGAGGAGGCGAGAGGGAGGAGGGAGAAGGGUGGAGAGGAGAAGAGAGGAAGGAGAGAGAAAGGUGGAGAGGAGAAAUCCACUGACGUUAACCCACCGAACCCCUCACCAGUCAACAGUAUCCAUGGCAAACCCCAUACCCAUGGUUCCCAUGACGACACUGCGCCCAGAUACAUCUCUCUGACUGACAGCCAGAUGGAACAGAUCCUCGACGACCAGAUCUUGGCAGGCGAUAAUGAUGACGAUGAUGAACCCUUCCCACCCCCUAGCGCACACUGCUCCUCAGUGACCAAUGAGAAAAGUCUAAACGGCAGUAGCAGCUUCCUAUUCGACAGCCUGUACGACAGCUCCUUAUUGGCUGGGCUUAGCCACGACUCUCACCAAUCAGAGGAAGAGAAGGAGGAGGGGCCUGUUGUCAUGGAGACCAGUUUCCUGUCCAACCAGCAGCGGCAACGCAGCGGGCUCAUGGCCAAUCAGGAGGCAGAGGAACAGGAGGCCGUCCAAUGGGGCGAGUCGUCCUUCAACCUAUCAGAGUGGGGCGACUCUCUGCUGGUUGGAGAGCACUUCCUGGAGAGGCGGAGCCUGCUGAGACACACGGAGGGACUGCAACACGAACAAGACUGUGGUCAGACAGACAGACCCCAACCUGAACAUGGGGCAACAGAGCAACAUGGACCCCAACCCAACCACAGCAUGGGUCAGACAGACAGACCCCAACCUGAACAUGGGGCAACAGAGCAACAUGGACCCCAACCCAACCACAGCAUGGGUCAGACAGACAGACCCCAACCUGAACAUGGGGCAACAGAGCAACAUGGACCCCAACCCAACCACAGCAUGGGUCAGACAGACAGACCCCAACCUGAACAUGGGGCAACAGAGCAACAUGGACCCCAACCCAACCACAGCAUGGGUCAGACAGACAGACCCCAACCUGAACAUGGGGCAACAGAGCAACAUGGACCCCAACCCAACCACAGCAUGGGUCAGACAGACAGACCCCAACCUGAACAUGGGGCAACAGAGCAACAUGGACCCCAACCCAACCACAGCAUGGGUCAGACAGACAGACCCCAACCUGAACAUGGGGCAACAGAGCAACAUGGACCCCAACCCAACCACAGCAUGGGUCAGACAGACGAUCACGGUCGGGAAAACACACAUGACCAGUGUUUGACGGAGCGACCGCGACACAAUCACGGGGGUCAGUUAGAUGAACCCAAAGACAACCAUAACCCUAACCAGACAGACAGACUGACACAGAACACUGGUGGAGAAGAGGUGGAACCUUCCUGGUCAGAGAGAGGGGGAGAGGGGGGAGAGAGAGGUAGAGAGAAGAGGAGCGGUGUAGUGGGGGAGGAAAGGGGAGAAAAGGGAGGGAUUGAGAAGGAGAGAGAUGGAGGGAUUGAGAAGGAGAGAGAUGGAGGGAUUGAGAAGGAGAGAGAUGGAGGGAGAGAGAAGGAGAGAGAUGGAGGGAUUGAGAAGGAGAGAGAUGGAGGGAUUGAGAAGGAGAGAGAUGGAGGGAGAGAGAAGGAGAGAGAUGGAGGGAUUGAGAAGGAGAGAGAUGGAGGGAUUGAGAAGGAGAGAGAUGGAGGGAUUGAGAAGGAGAGAGAUGGAGGGAUUGAGAAGGAGAGAGAUGGAGGGAUUGAGAAGGAGAGAGAUGGAGGGAGAGAGAAGGAGAGAGAUGGAGGGAUUGAGAAGGAGAGAGAUGGAGGGAUUGAGAAGGAGAGAGAUGGAGGGAGAAGUGUUGCAGUGUGUGACAGCAGGCUUUUUAAAAGACCUGCAUCACGGAGAGAUGGAGGGGAAAACAGAAAGAGAGAGAGAGAGGAGGAGAGCGAGAAGAGGAGAGAGUCUGAACCCUCCCUCCACUGCAGCCCUGGACUCCAGGACAUCUUUGAUCGUUGGCCUAGUAUGUCUGACCAGCCCUCCCAACACCCUCUCCUGCCACCAGCUCACACACUCACACACACAGCUGUUGACAACACAGAGGACAGUUUGACUGGUCUGACUGGUCUAACAGCACUGGUACGUGCUGAGGAGGACAGAGAGACAGAGGACAGUUUGACUGGUCUGACUGGUCUAACAGCACUGGUACGUGCUGAGGAGGACAGAGAGACAGAGGACAGUUUGACUGGUCUGACUGAUCUAACAGCACUGGUACGUGCUGAGGAGGACAGAGAGACAGAGAAACCAGCUAGCAGCCACACAGAGACGGGAGAGACCAGUGUGAGAUGGGGGGAGACGAGGGAACCCCUGAGGGAGAAAGAGGGGGAGAGACGAGGGGAGACAGGAGAGACCAACACAGGGGGACAACUGGGGGAGAGAGAAGAGGGGAGAUCAGGUGGGGCUCAUGGGGACCUCAUUCCCCCAACUCCAGAAACCGUCAAACUGACCACCUCCUCUGUCCAAUCACCUCACACCAUGAGGACUAUCAACCAUUCACCUCUCACCACCAGACCUCUCAACCAACCAACUCUUAUUUCCCAUCCUCUCAACCAAUCAACCCCCACCCGUCGACCUAUCCACCAAUCAGCUCACUCCACCCGCCUCCCUGAUCAACCAGCAGUCUCUGUUGGUCCCCAAUCCCUGAAACCAGAUCCCAAAACAGACACCAAACCUCCCCCCAAAACAGACCCUAAACCUCCCCCCAAAACAGACCCUAAACCUCCCCCCAAAACAGACCCUAAACCUCCCCCCAAAACAGACCCUAAACCUCCCCCUCAACCCAAAACGUUGCUAGACUCUCCUCCUGUCCCCUCCUCCCCCCCAUCUCUGACUGACGAGGGCUUUACCCUCCAGCUCUCCCAGGAUGCAUCUCUCUCUCCCAGCAGCCCUAGCGGUGGGCUGGCCAUCAUAGACGUGGCGAGCGACAGAACACUGUUCUACACCUUUAUAGAGGAGUGGAGGAGGAAGGAGAGGUUUUCCCUCGUUCCUGUCUGUGGAACGAUAGAACACGGAGGAGACGGAGGGAUUGGAGGGAGGCAGAUGAGAGGUCUUCCCCGGUGUUCCUCGGAAAGUGUGGUGUUAACAGGACUGGCUGUCUGCUGGGGAGGAAAAGACUGUUACUACAUAUCACUACUACAGCAGCAGAGUACAGAGAUGAGCGACAGUCUGGCCCCGCCCCCGCUGGCUGCUGAUUUGCCAGUUGGAGAGAGGGUGGAGCAGAUGAGAGCCUGUCUGAGUAAGUCAUUGGCUGACGGGGCAGGGGGUGUGGUCAUGACGUAUGACAUCAUCCAGGUGUACAAGACGCUGGUGCUGAGCUAUGGUAUCUCCCUGGAAGGGCCCUGUGAGGACCUGAAGGUGGCGUCUUGGCUGUUGGACCCGGGUAGUGAGGAGAGAACUCUAACCAACAUGGUCACCUGCUACUGUCCCUCGGAACUACCGCUGCUGGAUGGGAACACACACACACACUCCCCCCGCCUACGAGCAGCCGUAGACAGCGUGCUAAUACACAGCACCAUGUGUCACCUCACUACCCUGCUGGAGAAAGACGGACUGAUAGAUGUGUUCCGCAGUGUGGAGAUGCGUUCCCAGGUGUGCCUGGCGCUGCUAGAGCUGAAUGGGAUUGGCUUCAGCUGGGAGGAAUGUGACAGGCAGAAACACGUGAUGCAGGCCAAGCUGUCAGCUCUGGAGACACAGGCCUACAGCCUUGCUGGACACAACUUCUCUCUGACUAGCACCGACGAUGUGGCACAGGUGUUGUUCCGUGAGCUGCGUCUGCCUCCUGGCUGUGAUUUGAGCGGGGGGAGGGUUAAGAAGACCCUGGGGUACAGCAGGCGAGGAGCAGGAUGCUCCGGGUUGGGGAAACCGUUCAGUACCACCAAGGACAUCCUGGAGAAGCUCAGUUCCCUCCACCCGUUGCCGGGGGUGAUUCUGGAGUGGAGGAGGAUCACCCACGCCUUGACAACGGUGGUGUUUCCCCUGCAGAGAGAGAAACGACAUCACCCCCUGCUGGCUAUGGAUAGAAUACACCCUAUCUCCCAGACACACACAGCUACAGGCAGAGUGAGCUUCACAGAGCCAAACAUCCAGAACGUUCCGAAGGACUUUGAGAUCCAGAUGGCCUCUGUGGUGGUGGAGAGCCCGCCCUCACAAGAUGGACGCCGGACAGGUCGGGGCCGUUCCAGGCUGACCAGACCUCCUCCUCCUGAAGGGGGCGUGGCCUUCUCCGUCAGCAUGAGACACGCCUUUGUACCUUUCACAGGAGGGAUGGUAUUAGCAGCAGAUUAUUCCCAGUUGGAGCUCAGAGUGUUGGCUCACCUCUCUAAGGACAGACGUCUGCUACAGGUGUUGAAUGGAGGAGCUGACGUGUUCCGCUGUAUCGCUGCUGAGUGGAAGAACAUUCACCUGGAGACUGUAGACGACACCCUGAGACAACAGGCGAAACAGAUAUGUUAUGGUAUAAUCUAUGGGAUGGGAGCCAAGUCUCUGGGAGAGCAGAUGGGGAUAGAGGAGGACGAUGCAGGUGCUUAUAUCCAGAGCUUCAAGGACCGAUACACAGGUAUCCAUCGGUUCCUGAAGGAGACGGUACGUAGCUGUGUGGAGAAGGGUUUUGUCCAGACUCUACUGGGGAGGAGGAGAUACCUACCAAACAUCAACACCAGCGGUUACACCAGGAAACAGGCGGAGCGUCAGGCUGUUAACACGACAGUCCAGGGAUCAGCCGCUGACAUCGUUAAACUGGCUACAGUCAACAUCCAGCAAUGUCUUAGAGACACCUACCCUGCUGCUCCUCUCUCACACCAGCACACACACACAGAGAGUCGGGGUCAUGGCAGGGCUGUUAAACGUCACCGUGGGGCGUUUUUCAUCCUGCAGCUUCAUGAUGAACUCAUCUAUGAGACCGCAGAGGAGGACCUCAUACAGGUGGCUCAAAUAGUGAAAAGAGAGAUGGAGAGUGCUGUGAAGCUCUAUGUUAAGCUGAAAGCCAAGGUCAAGGUGGGACCCAGCUGGGGAAACCUGCAGGACCUGGACAUCUGAACAAUGGCCCAAUGAUCUCCCCUUCCUCCCAACGGACCUGAACAAUGGCCCAAUGAUCUCCCCUUCCUCCCAAAGGAUCUGAACAACGGCCCAAUGAUCUCCCCUUCCUCCCAACGGACCAAUGAUCUCCCCUUCCUCCCAACGGCCCAAUGAUCUCCCCUUCCUCCCAACGGCCCAAUGAUCUCCCCUUCCUCCCAACGGACCUGAACAAUGUCCCAAUGAUCUCCCCUUCCUCCCAACAGGCCUGAACAACGGCCCAAUGAUCUCCCCUUCCUCCCAACGGACCUGAACAACGGCCCAAUGAUCUCCCCUUCCUCCCAACGGACCUGAACAACGGCCCAAUGAUCUCCCCUUCCUCCCAACGGACCUGAACAACGGCCCAAUGAUCUCCCCUUCCUCCCAACGGACCUGAACAACGGCCCAAUGAUCUCCCCUUCCUCCCAACGGACCUGAACAACGGCCCAAUGAUCUCCCCUUCCUCCCAACGGACCUGAACAACGGCCCAAUGAUCUCCCCUUCCUCCCAACGGACCUGAACAACGGCCCAAUGAUCUCCCCUUCCUCCCAACGGACCAAUGAUCUCCCCUUCCUCCCAACGGACCUGAACAACGGUCCAAUUGUCUCCCCUUCAACAGGAAGGAGGUAUUAUCGGGACCUGUUGGUGACAGGGCAGAGGCACAGUAUUUAUGAAUAUCUAAAGGAGUUCCACAGGGCAUGACUUUGUGGGUAUAAUGUUUGUGUCUUUAACAUAUUUUUAACCAGUGUACUGAAUGUAACGAGGAGGACUUGAGUGGGUCAGCAUCAACCUGCUGAGAUGAAAUGUGAUGUUUUGAUCCCAUAAUAUUGAUAUAACAUGGUGUGGUUACUGUCCACUAUUGAUAUAACAUGGUGUGGUUACUGUCCACUAUAAAUACUAUUGAUAGAACAUGGUGUGGUUACUGUCCACUAUAAAUACUAUUGAUAGAACAUGGUGUGGUUACUGUCCACUAUAAAUACUAUUGAUAUAACAUGGUGUGGUUACUGUCCACUAUAAAUACUAUUGAUAGAACAUGGUGUGGUUACUGUCCACUAUAAAUACUAUUGAUAGAACAUGGUGUGGUUACUGUCCACUAUAAAUACUAUUGAUAGAACAUG